AUGGAGGAGGUGGUGAGGAAACGACCAAUAAUCUCUGCAAAAGAAAGAGGUCCUGGUCCUGGGCGCUACGCUCUGCCCCCUACAGUCGGGUACAUCAACCAUGACUUCACCAAACCCAGCAGUCCUGCGUAUACUUUCCACAGCCGCAUGAGCAGCGCCAUGGUCUCUGUGGACUCCAGCCCAGGUCCGAGAUACUACAUUGGUGACAAGGUUACACGUUUUGGCCGCAACGAGUCACCGGCUUAUUCCAUCUCCGGCAGAGGACGACGUAUUGUGAAUAAAGAUGAGCCGUUUCAGACUCCUGGACCGGGGGCUUACAGCCCAGAGAGGGUCCCACCGGUCAACGCUCACAGCAGACCUCCAAUCUACACAAUAGGAAAUCGAACGAGAUACCGCUCUGCCGACCCUGUUCCAGCCCCCAACAGCUACACCCUUCCUCAUCUGCUGGGCUCUCAGGUUCCACACAAACCAUCCAGCGCCAGUUACAGUUUCUCGAGCCGAAGGAUCGUCGGAGCUCCCGCUGAAGAUCUCGCCAGGACACCUGGACCGGGACAGUAUAGAAGCACCAACCCAGACAUCUACAGACAGCGCCAGCCGUCCUUCAGCAUGCAAAGCCGAACUAAAAAACCCAAUUAUUCCUUUGCAGUUCCUGGUCCUGGAGCGUACAGCCCGGAGCGGACCUACAGCCACCUUCACAAGCCCUCGUCCUUCUCCAUGGGCAUCAGACAUUCAGAGUUCGUUACUCCACUUAUGGUGAACAUGACUGACUGA